AUGGUAGAGCAACAGAGCCAGAAUGCUGGACCGGUGUCGGCGGAUCUGCCGCCAGCCAUGGCCGAAAUCAAGUCGCACAGUGUCGAUCAGGUGAUGGCUGAGAUGAACCGAAUGCCGCUGUUCAUGACAACCCUGGACGAGACUGAUGGUGAGGGUGGUGAGAACAUGAUGCUGGAGGCUCUGAAGGCGAUAGCGUACGAAGGCACAAGGUACGAGAUCGCAGAAAACUUUCGACAGCAAGGCAACGAAUGCGCAAGAGCGAAGCAGUGGACCGAUGCGAAAGAGUUUUACGACAAGGCGAUAGCAGCCCUCAAAGGGCCGCAAAGCAAGCCAGAUCCAGAGGCGGAUGCCGAGGGUGGCAAGGUUAUCGAGGUCCAAGUCGACGAGGAAGAGGAGGCAAACAAAGAGAAGGUUGUCGAGGAGGCGUGCUACGUAAACAGAGCGCUGUGCAAUCUGGAGAAGAAGAACUACCGCUCCUGCAUAAACGACUGCGCAUCCACCCUCCGCCUCAACCCCUCCAACGUGAAAGCCUGCUACCGCUCUGCCACCGCAUGUCUCGCGCUGGACAAGCUGACCGAAGCCAAAGACGCCUGCGAAUUCGGUCUUAGGCUAGACGCUAGCAAUGCGCCACUCGUUGCACUCGCAACCAAGAUCCAGAAGCGCGCCGACUACGUCGCAGCAGUGGAGAAAGCGCGAGUUGCGCGCGAAGAAAAGGCCGCUUCAGAGCGCGCCACGCUCGCCCUAGCACUCAAAGCCAGGAACAUCGCUGUUCGUACCACGACCGACGAGGCGCCGGAUCUGGAAGACGCGUCGAUUGCUCUGGCCAACCCGCUUGAUCCUUCCUCGCCUCUCUCCUUCCCCGUCUUGCUGCUCUAUCCUGCUCAUUCGCAGUCGGAUUUUGUCAAAGCUUUCAACGAGCACCAGACGCUGCCGGAGCAUUUGGAGUACAUCUUCCCUCUGCCAUGGGAUGAGGAGAACGAGUAUACUGUCGAUGGCGUGGAGGCGUAUAUGGAGACGGCAGUGGGUGGGCUGAUCAAAGUGGGGAAGAAGAUGGCGCUACACAAAGUGCUGGGGAGCGGGAAAGUUGUGAUUAGCGAUGGGUUGGUCAGGAUUAGCCUUGUUCCCAAGGGAAAGAGUGCCGCGUGGAUUGAGGAGUUCAAGAAGAGAAGGGGUACCGCUGCAUAG